AUGUCAACGCAGCUUCCAUCAUUAGGAAAGUCAUUCGGGGCUGCUUACAUUGGGGCGACGGUUGCUGCCAUUUUAUUUGGCAUAACGAAUCUACAAGCAGCAAGAUAUUACAGGAAAUACCCAAACGACUGGUUGCUUUACCGAUAUUCGGUAGCAGCACUAUGGAUACUUGACACAAUCCAUGUCGCGUUGACUACACACGCAGUAUAUUUCUACUUGGUUGAUUCAUUCGGUAACUUUCCCGCACUGACUGAAAUCGUAUGGAGCCUCAAGUAUUUAAUUCAUAUUCUGAUAGUUGUUGGGGUUCAAGCUAUCUAUGCCAUUCGGAUUUGGAAACUCGGGGGACACCUUCAUCGAAUCCUUCCCUGGAUCGUGUUUCUGGCCGUAGCUGCUGUGUUUGGUGGGUUGUACGACUAUCUCAUUUGCCUAGCUGCGUGA